AUGGCCUCGCAGAGCCUAGCCUACCCUCCUCCCCCUCAACAAGGCACAUAUCCACCACCACCCCAGAACUACAACUACCCGCCUCCCCCUACAGGCCAAACUCCCCAGUUCGCUCCACCGCCGGGUGGCCAUGGCUCCCCGCCUCCGCCCGCAACAUCACCGCCUCCGGUAACGUCAACACCUCCGCAAAUGGGCCAUCCCACUCCGCCUCCAAAAAUGGAGCAGAUGCCCGGCGGCGCGCCGCCUGUUGGCCAGUUCGUAGGAGCCCAGUCCACCGCUGCAGACGACAUUGGCACAUUCAAUGGAGGGAGCUAUCGCAUCAGCCACCGCGAUUCCAACUCAAUUUUGACUAUUCAGCUUGCAAUGGGAUGCCCAUUGACAGCAAAGCCUGUAUUCCAUCACCGCGCAACAAAGGUCCCCUUCUUUGUUCCUGCUAACCGGCGAAUCCUGCCAGGCGCAAUGAUUGCGAUGUCCCCCACGGUCACGCUCAAAGGCUCGGUAAAAUUCUCAAUGAAAAAGAUGCUUGCUGGCGGUGAGAUGUCAACUUCGACAUACACAGGCCCAGGCGAGCUACUGUUGGCUCCAUCGGCACUAGGUGAUAUCUCUGUACUCCGUCUCAGCGGCCGCGAGCAGUGGUCCGUUGGUAAGGACGCGUUUUUGGCUGGUACCCAAGGCAUUGUCAAAGACUACAAGCGCCAGGGCUUAAGCAAGGCCAUUUUCUCCGGAGAGGGCCUGUACACAUAUAUGGUAUCCGGCACCGGUAUUUUGUUCAUACAGAGUUUUGGCGCCAUUAUCAGGAAAGAUCUGGCUAACGGCGAGAAAUACAUUGUUGAUAACGGCCAUCUCGUCGCUUGGAACUGUGGCUACGUAAUGGAGCGUAUCGCAUCCGGGGGUAUCAUCUCCGGCCUAAGUUCCGGAGAAGGCCUGGUGUGCAAGUUCACUGGACCAGGGACCGUUUACCUCCAGACGAGAAACGCACAGGCUUUCGGACAGUGGGUCCUGGCGAAUGGCGGGCCAGCCGGAGCCUAA